UCACCUGUGAUUUGUGAUUUUCAAAAUAAAGGCCUCACCCCUGUUUUGUGUUUUGCAGCUCAGAAUGUGACCGUGGAGGAGAUCCUGUCUGCGUACAAACUGGCCUGUCAGAAACUCAACUGUAAACCUCUGCCCAAAGUGCUCAAACAGAUUCAGGAACUACAAGAUCUGACACAGCGAAAUGAAUGCUUAGAUCUAAAAGGCGAGAAGCUGGACUACAAAUCUUGUGAAGUUCUUGAGGAGAUCUUGAAAAGGGUCCAGUUUAAAGUGAUAGACCUUGAACAGACAAACCUGGAUGAAGAUGGCGCAUCUGCUUUGUUCGAUAUGAUUGAGUACUACGAGUCUGCCACACACCUUAAUAUCUCCUUCAACAAGCACAUUGGCACACGAGGAUGGCAGGCUGCUGCUCACAUGAUGAGAAAGACGAGCUCUCUACAGUAUCUGGAUGCCCGUAAUACCCCUCUCCUGGACCACUCCGCUCCCUUUGUUGCCAGAGCGCUCCGGAUCAGCGGCAGCCUGGCAGUGCUUCACCUGGAAAAUGCGGGGUUAUCCGGCAGGCCACUGAUGUUACUUGCUACUGCUUUAAAGAUGAACAUGAACUUGCGUGAGCUGUACCUUGCAGACAACAAGCUCAACGGCCUCCAGGACUCUGCUCAGCUCGGAAACCUGCUCAAGUUUAACUAUAAUAUUCAGAUCCUGGACUUACGCAAUAAUCACAUCCUUGACUCUGGUCUGGCCUAUAUCUGUGAAGGACUCAAAGAACAGAGGAAAGGGCUUGUCACUUUAGUGCUAUGGAACAACCAGCUCACCCACAAUGGCAUGGGCUACCUCGCUGCUGCACUGCCAUGCACUCAGAGCCUUGAGACUCUGAACCUGGGCCAUAACUCUGUGGGUAAUGAAGGUGUCCAUAAACUGAAAGAUGGACUGAUCGCUAACCGCUCUGUUCUUAGACUGGGCCUGGCCUCUACCAAGUUGUCUUGUGAAGGAGCAGUAGCUGUAGCUGAAUUCAUCGCAGAGAGUCCCAGGCUGCUGCGUCUGGACCUUCGGGAGAAUGAGAUUAAAACCGGCGGACUCAUGGCUCUGUCGCUUGCUCUAAAAGUCAACACCUCUCUGCUGCGCCUGGACCUGGACCGGGAGCCCAAAAAGGAAACGGUAAAAAGCUUCAUUGAAACGCAGCGUGCCCUGCUGUCAGAGAUCCAAAAUGGAUGUAAAAGAAACUUUAUUCUAGCUAAAGAGAAAGAGGAGAAUGAGCAGAAGAUGAGGUCUGCCAGUAUGGCUGAGAUCGCCACUGAAGAUGGCACUGGAGUAGAAGAAGAGCAGGGUGAGAAUUCAGAGGACCAAGGUGAGGGACCAAAGAAAGAAGAUGAUGAUGAUGAAGAGAAACCAGAAAAUGGAGCAGAGCAAUCAGAGGAGAGCACUGAGAAAGGAAAUCCUCCAGCAGUUGUGGACUCUGACUCAGAUACUGAGGAUGAGGAGGAGGUAGUGCUAUGUAAACCCUCCUCUGCCCCAUCAGUUCCUCCUGCCCAAUCAGUUCCUCCGGCCCCUCUUACCCCUCCUCCUGCCCCUUCUACCCCUCCUACUCCUUCUACCCCUCCUGCCCUUUCUGCACCUCCUGCACCCCCUGCACCCCCUGCAUCUCCUGCCCUAUCAUCCCCUCCUGUCCCUCUCCCUGCUGCAGGAUCCCAGAGCACCAUCUCCAACAUCACUGUCACCAAGGCUGCAGUCCCCGCUGGCACUCCGCCUUCUCCAGGGCGCUGCAUUUCAGUGUCCAGUCCAGGUCGGGGACAUAAGAUCUUCAUGGUUACUCGAGUCGAGAGCCCUCCUGAGCAACAGCAAGUGCAGGCUACCAGCAAGAGGGAAAACCUUUCCAACAAAUCUGCAGACACUGACACAUCAACUACAACCAUAGAAAACACAAGGACUUCUGCUUUGAAGUCAGUGCAGAGUCCAGUAGCAACACUAAAUGAACCUAAAGCCAACACACUGAAGUCAGAGUUGAUCAGUCAACCAACAGAGGACACCAAACCAAGCACUUUAAACACUAGAGAGUUAAACCAGAGCGCACAGGGGACAAAUACCCCACCAAAGCACACAGCAACACUUUCACUGACCACAGACACAGCACAGAGCACUACAAGCCCCCAACAUGAUCCCCCCUGUGGACAACAGCAACUGGAUAGUGCCAUUAGUAGUCUCACAGAGGACAAAGGACAAUGUGAGCAGCAGCAGCCAGUCAUACAGACCAAGCAAGAGAAAUCCGAUGACAGUCAACUGAGGACCGUUCAAGAAUCCGAUGCUAAGGUACUGAGUCAAGACCAGGAAAUACAGCAGGUUGAGCUUGUACAAACCAGUGAAGAGCAGGUACCAGCCCCAGAAAUGCAGGAGCCUAACCCACCACCUGAGGAAGUUGAUGAUGGGUCAGAUGAGAGCUCUGCAGAUGAGUGUUUCAGUGAAGCUCUGACAGGAGAAGAAGAGGUCUCUGCUGUUUUGCCCAAUGGUCUGAAGACUGAGUUUUCCCUUCAUCUGCUGGAUCCUGACAGCCCCAAACCUGGCAGCUGUGUCAUGGAGCACGUAAGUGUCAGCUGUGGACAGGACUUGGAAGAGCUGCUACUAGAAGCCAGUUUAGACACAGGAAAGGAUGCCCCGUGAGUUUAUAAGGGAUGAUAAGGAUGAAAGAGAACAAUGCUGUAACCAUGCCGUGACUGGUUCUUCAAAUAUUCUUUUUUCUGAAUAAAAUCUUCUACAAUAAGGGACUGAAGUCAAGAAAUGACAAACUCUAACUGCUUGACGAAGUGUAAACUACAGUUAUAAAUAAAACACUGGAGACAAAAGAAGAGAUCUCAAAACUGACAAAAAACAUGUCCAUCUGCAAUGAUGAACAAGAGCAGCCAUCAAGGUGCAAGUGGACAAAACACUAACCAAAGACAGUUUGCACACUACCACUUGCUCUUACAGGAUGUUUUAGCUGUCAUUGACGUAAUAUAGCAGAAUGCUGGACUCAGAAUGGACCUGUUGUCUUUUAAACAGGAUAAAAGCUGUAUCUGUCAGAGGCUUUUUAGAUCUGUCUGUUUAGAUGUCCACAUUUCCAUCUGUGUCUCCCUUCUGUUGAACCUUUGCCAGAGUGCAUAGGUUUUGUGUUCUGCUCACUUUGUCCCCUCAGGAAUCAAUGUCCCCAAGCCUUCUAGCGGCUGACUUCACAUUUUGAUUUGCUUCGAAAGUUACAAUCUAUAAUUCCAAUGUUUAAAGAGCUAUAGAAAUUCUGAAAGAAACUGGUUUUGAUAUUUACAAUUUAAUAUUAGCCGUCUCUAUCUUGUGGCUUCAUUCUUCAGUCAUUGUUGGCAUUAUAAAGAGAAAGUGUCUUGAUCCUUGUUGUCCUUGCCCUUGUCAUAUUGAUCCUAUUUUUGUUAUAACUCAUCUGUUGCCUUCCAAACACAGCAAAUGUACUUUUUGUUGAGUUACUUAGAGACUAAAUAAUCAUUUAUUUUUAUUUAUUUAUAGCUUUUUGGACCUUCUCUGUUUCCCCUUUACACAUUCUUUUGCUUGGGGGGUUGGUUUGAAAUCUCUCCCCCUUUUGAUGUCCAUUUUAGAUUCAAACUUGAACGAACAUUUAGUUUUGAAUUUUUCUUUUCUUUUUCUGGGGUUGGGGGUUGGACAUAAAGGUUAUUAUUGAAUGGUUAAUGAUUGCAUUUGGGGUGCAGUUACAAAAUAAACACACAUUUUUCAAGUUCAAGUUUCACAUUUUGAAACUUCUAAAACAAAAUAUAGAUCGUCUUUUCUGAACUGCUGGGUUUGUUUGUGGCCACAAGGGGGUGCUAUAAUUUGCACUGGUCUCCUAAGGCCUCAGCAUUAAACUUUAUCUAUCCAGCUCUCUGUCCUAUACUGUAUGAGAGCCCCAACUUUUCUGUGCCCUUAAGUCAUCUUCAUUGUGCUGCCCCCACUCUUUAUAAUGCUUUAAUUUUUAGAUUUUUUUAAAUAAUAAUUUGAUAAAUUAAUUGAAAUGUGCUGGUAAUCACAAAGAAAUGUAUGGCAAAUUGUUCUUCUUCAAUAAAUGCAUGUAAGGACUAAUCUUA